CUUGUUGCAAAGGUUGGUCAGUAGCCAAUCUCGCUUUGCCCAUGGCUCUUCUGAAUCUUCUGCUGAGCAGCGGUUUCAUCGCCUCAGCAGCCCUCCCUUCGGAGUAUCUCGAGUCCAACUACACGAUCAUGACCGUGACCACCGAGCGCUAUGCCUGCCAUGGUCCCCUCACGGGUGGCAACGACGCCACGAAGGUCGACCGGAAGAUGUUGGGACCUGGCCGUUGCUCAUCGGAACGGUCGUACUUCGAGUGCUCCGCGACGGGGUCAAAGGUUGGCCACUUUGAUUGCUCGAAUGACAAAUUGAUUGAGGAGUUUUCAGGGAGUGGAUGCUUUCGAUGUGAUGACUACAUGUUCGAAUGCCGAACAAUCUGGUUUAAAGGAAAAUACUACGAUGGCAAAUACUUUAAACUGAGUUGCGACAAGCAAUACUCGAGUUCAUCGCACUCCAUCGUUGGCCCGACGAGCUGGACUCCGGCGGUGCUGGCCGGUGCUAUUGCGCUCAGUUCUGGGAUAUCAGGAUAAUUCGAUAGAAAGAUCAGCGCUGCCUGUUUCACCGAAAAAGAAGACGGCUGCUGCUAUACCUGAAGCCUAAAAGUCGUGACCGCAACUGCUAAAUCCUCA